AUGACGGGUAUGGCUAAGGCGGGGCCCCUGAAGGAAUUUGCAAUCCGCGUCAUCUUCCUAGGAGCCUUGGUCUCGAUGACUUCUGCGACCCAGUGCUAUUAUCCAGAUGGAUCACCAAGCAACGAUGUGCCAUGUCAAUCUGGCACAGACACCACAUGGUGUUGCUCACCUAAAUCGGCCUGUCUUGAUAACGGAUUAUGCUUGAACCUCGUUCAACCGUACCAGCUUUCACGGGGUAGCUGUACCGCUAAGAGUGGAUAUGGUACACCUGAAGAUAACUUUCCUUGUCCGGACUAUUGCAGCUUUGCUGCCUUGAGCACCCUAUCUUCAAAUGGAGACACCUCUCCCUUUGUUCAGAACUCUACCAGCGGCUCUUCUACCAGCUCUCCAACUGGCUCCGCUAGUUCUGGGCAGCACAGUGAUUCGAAAGAUGCAGCGAUCGGUGCUGGUGUUGGUGUACCACUGGGUGUGCUGCUUAUAUUGGCUUUGGCUUGGGGUUUUAUAGAAAGGAGAAAGAGAAAGCGGUUUUCAUCGCAGGCUAUAACCCCUCAAACUGUCCCUUCAUUCCAGGAUACCUCCCAGUCUCAAAAAGGGUCGUAUGGCGGCUACUAUUCAAACGACAUUGGCAUGAGGGAACUUUCGUCGAGUACGCCUACUACUGGACUUGCGGAGCUUUACGAACAACAGCACGACACACCCAGACAGUGA